ACUUCAUCUCACCACCCACCCACAACAAGAGAAGUGCAGGAGCACACAAGCAGCAGCUAGCUACCAGCUCUCUUCUCAACGUAGUGCAAAGCAUACAUCCAUCAAUGGCGACCUCCAUGGUUUGCCUGGUUGCGCUCUGCCUCGUGUCUCCGUUGCUCCUCGCCGGCGCCGUGGUCGGCAACCCGGGUUACGGCGGCCUGUUCCCGCAGUUCUACGACCACUCGUGCCCCAAGGCCAAGGAGAUGGUGCACUCCAUCGUGGCGCAGGCCGUGGCCAGGGAGACCAGGAUGGCCGCCUCCCUCGUCAGGCUGCAUUUCCAUGACUGCUUCGUCAAGGGCUGCGACGCGUCCGUGCUGCUGGACAACAGCACCAACAUCGUCAGCGAGAAAGGGUCCAACCCCAACAGAAACUCCAUCAGGGGGUUCGAGGUCGUCGACCAGAUCAAGGUGGCCCUCGAGACCGCCUGCCCCGGCACCGUCUCCUGCGCUGACAUCCUCGCCCUCGCAGCCCGCGAUUCCACCAUCCUCGUCGGUGGCCCGUACUGGGAGGUGCCGCUCGGGCGGAGGGACUCCCUGGGCGCGAGCAUCCAGGGCUCCAACAACGACAUCCCAGCACCCAACAACACCCUCCCUACCAUCAUCACCAAGUUCAAGCGCCUGGGCCUCAACGUCGUGGACGUCGUCGCGCUCUCGGGCGGCCACACCAUCGGCCUGUCCCGCUGCACCAGCUUCCGGCAGAGGCUGUACAACCAGUCGGGCAACGGCCUCGCCGACAGCACGCUGGACGUGUCCUUCGCAGCGCAGCUGAGGCAGGGCUGCCCCCGCUCCGGCGGCGACAACAACCUCUUUCCGCUCGACGCCGUCAGCUCCACCAAGUUCGACAACUUCUACUUCAAGAACAUCCUCGCCGGCAGGGGCCUCCUGAGCUCCGACGAGGUGCUGCUGACCAAGAGCGCCGAGACGGCGGCGCUGGUGAAGGCGUACGCCGACGACGUGCACCUCUUCUUCCAGCACUUUGCCCAGUCAAUGGUGAACAUGGGCAACAUCUCGCCGCUCACCGGGUCCAAGGGGGAGAUUAGGAAGAACUGCAGGAGGCUCAACAACUACCACUGAGUGUUUGGAUGUUUAAUUGUACGUGGAGGGGAGUUGGUGUCAUGUUCUGGUUUAAUAAGCAGGUGUGUGGUUGUAGACUUGUAGUCUGGGAGCCCCAGAUGGUGUUUUGUGACGAACGAACUCUAGAUUUCUGCAAGGGAUGCUAUGUAAGAGAAAGAGAGAAGUAUGCGGUACCAAUGAUGAAAUGACAAAUUGUUUUUUUUA